UUCAGCAGAUGCGCGCCAUUGGUACAGCCCUUGAUAUACAUAAGUGUUUUAAGGUAAUUCACGAAAACAAGAUCACGAAAUUAGAAUGAACAAUUAAAGUCACAAUAUGGAUUGUAUACUUUUAGAGAUAUUGUAAAUGUGGGUUUGUACUUCUUCUAAAUCUGAGUAACCAAUAUUCAGAACUGCAUAAUGAUCGGGAAGGUAUUCUUUGUUAUAGCUGUGUUGAUCGCUUCUGUUGGAAUCUAUGUGAGGUACAUUGUACUCCAAGAAGAAUUUUUUGAUACAGAUAGAUUGAAAGGGAAGCGAAUCCUCAUAACAGGCGGGUCAUCUGGUAUUGGGGAGGCCUUGGCAUACACAUGUGCCAAAUAUGGCGCACAAGUUGUCAUCACAGCCCGGAGAGAAACUCUUUUACAAGAGGUUGUUAGUAAGUGUGAUAAAAUAUCAGGAAGAAAGCUACAUUCCUACAUUGUUGCUGAUAUGGAAAAUGUGACCAGGUCAUCUGCUGUCGUAGAUAAUGCUAAAGACAGACUUGGAGGUCUAGAUUAUGUGAUACUCAACCAUGCAUUCAUCCACGACUUAUUCCCUUGGACUGGUUCCGAUGAAGAUUUCGAUUUAUUACAAAGGGUUUAUCAAAUUAACUUUUUAUCACACGUAAAGAUGGCAGCACGUUCAAUGACUAGCUUGAAACAAUCACAUGGUAGACUGAUUGUCAUAUCAUCCCUUGGAGGGAAAUUACCAUCUCCGUUUAUGACUCCGUAUAUCAUGUCUAAGUUCGCACUUGAUGGUUUCUUUGGAUCUCUGAAUCAACAGCUGAUGAUUGAAAAAUCGAAUAUUUCAUUGACGGUCUGCAAUCUGGGACUCGUAGAUACUAAAAGAGCGCAUGAUGUAUUCGAAUCAUUUCCUGGUACGAAAGCAGGGAUAGCGGACGCGGACUACGGUGAUGUCUAUGAUGUAGCAUACGAGAUACUCAAGGCAGGGACACUGGGGAAGAAAAGGCUGAUUUACCCAAAUGAAUGGACCUUAAAGAUGUUGUUAAUUGUUGAUCUAUUUUUUCCUGACCUCAUUGAUGCGAGUGAUAGAGAACUUUUUGGUAAUUAACCAACUCUAUAGGUCUCAUCAUACGAGUUAAAGAAUUGAGAUACAUCAUCGUAAAAUUAUAACUUGGAGUGAAAUUAACAUCGCCAAUCGCCAUGCUUUCUCUGAUUUAAAAAAGAGUUAAUCUGCAUUCUUAAUUUUACAACAGAGUGUACAUGGCGGUUAGUAAAUCAUAUGGCUCAAUGCGUUGUGGCUAAUUUAAUGCACUCAUCCUGGUCCUGUGCUUAUAUCAUUCAUAUAUAUAUUUAUAUCAUAUAAAGAGACAAUUUAGGAUUAAAUAUUCAUGCAAGUUCAUGAUGCAAGUGAUUAAAAUGUUGGAUUACUACUUACU